AUGUCAUACACCGCUUCCAAAACGUGGAUUUCACCCCAAACCAAAGAAAUCGAGACUUGGGCCAAAAUCCGCGACUCGAUCACGCGCAUUUCGCCGCACUCUCCUUUCAUUCCGACAACCUUUUCCGACUGGUUAGCGCACCGGGUUGCGAUAAAAGAAGAUCAACUUCAAAAGGUCACGAGUAAGAUUGAAAAAAUAAGGGAAAGAGAGGAUGACGAGGAUAUUCCAUUACUUCCAGUUUUCGGGGGCAAGAAAAUGAAGGACCAACUGGCUUUGGUUCUUGCUCAGAAGACUAUAUGGAGACUAGGUUUAGAGCCUCCAGAAGGCCGUCACCUGGCUCCCUGGCCUUCGUAUGACGAGUACAAGCAUGAGGGAGACGACCGGAAUAAGUCGGGGUACUCGCGAUUUCCCCCACUGCCAAGGGAUCCUGGCAAUGCGACCGUGAACUGGAAGCAGCGGAAGCCGCUGGAGCAAUUUCUUUUUGAUGAAGUUGGGCGGCGUGCAACGGACGACAGCGAAGAGCAAGCCAAUACAGCGGAUGAACCUCUUGCCAUUGAGCUCAUUGGCGAAGCGCUACUCCUUUUGCUGAACUCAUGA